AUGCGAAAUUAAUAGUAGAAACCUGAGGCAAUCAAUGAAUCUUAAGAGGAUUUCUGUGACUAUUCAUUUGAUCAAAAGACCGAGGACUUGAAUGAUAGAACUGAAAAUGAGAUCGAUAACUCUUAAUGUGAUCUUAAAUCAGAAAGUUUGGAAAUAAAUGAUCAUCCUUCCUUUUCAGAAAGAUAAUUCAUGUCAGUAGACCCAAUUGACUUUGAUCAAAAAUGCUGGCCGACAACAAAAUUUUUCACUAUGUAUCAAUGGAGAGAUCUUAGAAGGCAUAAGUGCCAUUUUUGUCUGGCUCUUUGCUCAGUUUUCAUUAUUGUGCUCUCAACACUUAUUGUUACUUCAGUAGUUAACAAAGGGCCUGUAAUAUUUUUGAAGAUGGCUGAGGCUAAUCACGGUGAAAUUGAUGCCUUUAUAUCUCCUGCUGGGUAUGACUUUCCUACUCAAACAAAACAACAAGAAUUUUUGAAUUUCACUGCAGUUUAACAAGCAAUCAAACCUAAAUCAUUCAAUUUGAGUCCUAGAAAGUUAUUCUGUGGCACCAGACUGACUAAAAUAGACAGAGAUCGUGAAAAGGAGAUGCUAAAACUUUAGAAGCCAAUUCAACAAAAAACUGACUAGACUAAAACAGAAAGAGCAUUCUUAAAAGUAUAAGAUCCAAACAUGUCUAUCGAAAAUUAGAACUAGAAUGGGAAAUUUAUUGGAGAUAUUGCACACUUAGAGAUAAAGAUAGAAAAUCUAUACAGAUAGUUCAUAAAAAACUACAAUAACUAGGAGAAUCUUACUGAAGAGAUGAAAAUUGAUUAGCCUAAAUAUUUUGAAUUCACAAAAACAUAAUGCAAAAUCAAAGCAACAAUAGAUUAGUCUUACGGGAAAUUCAGAGAGGAUGACAUGGAAAAUCUCCUUAUAAUGGAAUACAGUGAAUUUAUGAAUUAAAUAAUAUAGAGGCUACCAAAUGAAAUUUUAAGACAUUAAGAUCUCAGAGAUUACAUUGACAAAUAAGAAAAUGUCAGGUUAGAUCACUAUGCUGAUCACUUAGUAAUGACCAUGCCAUAUCCUAGGAUCAAUUGGUAUUCAAACAGCAAUUAUGACGAUACUUAAAACUAUGUUAUUGAGCACAUAAAUCAAUUAGUUAAAACUGUAGGCUUUUACCCAGUUUAAGUAAAGACCUUCUUAUUGAAAGAAAUGAUGAAAUAUAAUAUAGCUUUGCUCUUGUUUAGCUUGAUAUUUAAUCUAGUGCUUUUGAUUUUUAUUGUGAUAUCAAUUCUGCUAAUUUAUUCAUUAAUUAUGAUUGGAGUUGAACAAAAGACUUUUGAGACUGGCAUUAUGAGAAUGGUAGGGAUAAGUAAAAAAGGACUAAUACUAAUGGUGCUUUUGUAAAGUUCUAUGUUCGUCACUCCUGCCUUGAUCCUUGCACUUGUUAUGUCUAUACCCUCAUUAGCUAUUGGAUACUCUUAUGUUUUUGAUGAAUCUGAAGGCAAUGGCUAUGAGCCCUAUCCUACUUUCAGAGCUAUAUUCUUUUCUUUUAUUGUAGGAGUUUUAAUUCCAAUUCUAAGUUCAAUAAUACCUCUUAUGAAAGUUAUGAGUUAAAAUCUUACUGAAGCCUUAAGCUAUGAAAGAAGUAGAGUAAAAGCUAUAUAUAUAGAAAUUUUAAGAGCUGAUAAAGUACAUUUGUUGCCAUAAAUUGCCUUUGGCAUUUUAACUUUCAUUUAUGGUCUAUUAAUAUACUAUGUAUUACCGCUAUCAAUGCUUACUUAUAAUCUUGGACUCAUUUUAGAUCUAUUUUUCUUAAUCUUAAUGGGAAUGUUGUUUGGACUUUGUGUGAUAGCGAUUAAUUUGCAAAAUACUCUUGAAAUAAUUCUCACAUAUAUAUUUCUAUUUUGGGAAAAGAAAUCUAUGAAAUUAAUGGUGCUGAAUAAUUUGAAAGCACAUUUGGUCAGAAAUCGAUUGACAGCAUCAAUUUUUUCUAUGGCUUUAAGUUUCAUCAUUUUCGUAAUGGUUUCUUAUAAAUUACAAAUGUAAAAUCGAGAUUCAUCAAGAAAUAAUUGGUACGGUUCUGUCCCCACAUUUGGUUCUAGAAAUUAAAAAGCAAUAAAUCCUGUCUAUAUAGAUCCUGUCCUGAGGAGGAAUGCUAACAUAAUAGAUUCAUUUACCUAUUUCACUUAUGAUAUGCAUGAAAUGGAUGAUUCAUUGGUUGGAAGAACUAUGAUAACAAAUAGAGCAAGAGUAUAAUAGUUUAAAAUUAAUUUAAACGGAGUCUAGCCUAAUAUAUUUGAGCCAAGUGAAGGCAAUUUCCUAGAUUUAGCUUUCAAAAGUACAGGUUUAAGUAUAGGAGAAUAGUUAUAUAGCUCCCGAGGAAACCAAGGAGCCGCAAUUGGAACAUUUAUCUUAAAAACAUUGAUGUAAGAACCAUCAAGGCAGAAUUGGGAUAAAUAGGUGAGAAUAGAAUUAUAUCUCGAGAAUUCCUAGUUCGUAAAAUAUCAAUUACGGCCGGUUGUGAUGCUUAAUUAAGCCCCAAUGUUUCAAAUGACUGAUAGAGAGGAAAUUUCUCCUAAAUAUGGUCAUUCAAUGCUUGUAUCUUUACCAAUGUUUACUCACUAUGCUGGUGUAAACUUAGAUCAGCUCAAAUACUAAAGAGUCUCGAUUAAGUUAAAUGAUAAAGCGACGAGAGAAGAUGAAUAAAGAUUAUAUUUUGAGAUUAAAAGAGCCUGUCCUGGAAUAUACUCAUAGUAAAUAUGGCUGGCCUCUAAAUAUAGAGAUAAUGUUGAAUAAGUUGAUUUCAUAGUUUCUUCAUUGUUUAAUGUGAUUAUUGCUAUUACGAUGCUUUUGUGUUUCUUUUCAUUAAGUUCUUCUAUGAGUGCCAAUCUUUACGACUAAAGCAAAGAAAUCGCAAUCUUAAGAGCAGUUGGACUUAAGAAGUCUAGAGUAAUUUUUCUCUAUAUCUACGAAGCAUUUAUUUUGGUGGUUGCUAGUUCAUUGCUUGGUACACUAGUAGGAACUGCAAUUGGUUGGAGUAUGACUAUAUAAUUCUCAAUGUUCUAAAGAAUGCCUUUACAGUUCUUUUUCCCCUGGAAAUAACUCUUAGUAGUAUUCCUUAUUGCUAUUUUCUGUGCGAUUCUCAGCACUUACGGCCCUGUUCGCUAGUUAAUGAAACUGAAAAUAGCUAAUUUGCUUAAAUUAGCUUGA